UAAAUCACUGUCAUGUCACUAUAAUGCUUCGAUGUAUAAUGUAUAAUUUUCAAAACAGUUUUUGGAAGUAGAGGUAUUAUUAACAAAGAAGAAAAUGAUAAAAAAGCGUAUUGAAGGUCGUCAAUUGGCACAAAAUGUUGGAGAACAAGUAAUUAUACUUGGCACUAUUGGAAAAGUAAGAGAUUUAUUUGAUAUUAAUAAAGGUUCAAACGGUAAAAAUAUAGAAUUAAAAACGACCGAUGGUGUACAAGUUAAUGUAACUUUACCAGUACCAAUUGAUAACGAUGCUGAAGGUUAUAUAGAAAUACAUGGCACAUUACAAUCCGCAUCUACAAUGAAUUGCAGUAAUUAUAUAGUAUUCCCACUUAGUAUGACAGAGAAUUUUGAUGUCGAUCGAUAUAAACAACUCAUGGUUAUCUUGAAUGUAUUAGGACCAGGAAAAUGGAAAAUGUCUGAAGAUGAAACAGGGUUUUAAAUUUAUAAUUGUAUAACCUAUAAAAAUGCUUAAAAACUUUUUAUAAGAAUACGAUUAUUUUAAU